CGUAAUUCGGAGCCCAUCAUCACCGGAGGUCACUUACGAAGGUCACUUGGGCAGCCGAUGCCCAGCCAGCAUGCCAAUCCUGAUUUUUGGGGUUGCCAUGCAACCACCCUUUUUCCCGUCGAAUAGUGUUGGCCUACCCUGUAUAUCAUGAUAUUGGCCUGAUUGAUUCAUGCGUGUCAUGAUGUAGGUCGUUAGCUAUCAUCAUAGGCUAUAUAGGCCGAGCCGAUCCAGGGGAUGUUUUCCUGUCAUUUGGAAGUAACUAGGCCUAUAUGCCAAUAUGUUAAUGAUGUAUAGGCCUACCUACAUAGGCCUACAUGACUAUGACUGGGAAUCUUAUGAUGACGACUAGACUGCUUCUUCAAUCAGGAAUUUGAUGCAGUGAGUUCUUCUUUAGACAACUUUUACCAAGGAAACAUUUGGGUAUCAGGCAUCAGGAUGAUGCUACAGAAGACAAUAGGUGUGAUGUCAGGUGUGAGGGGAAGACGUCUUGUCUCACCACUUUGCCUGAGUUUGUGGACUCGAAAACAAGUCUGUCCUCGGCGUUUCUUCUGGCAAAAUGGAUUAGUGAUUGCUUCAGGACGAAGACUUUUAUGCAAAACUGGCUCUGAAGUACAUUUUCUAAAAGAGGAGUCUACUUCUUGCAACAGUAGCAAGAUACACAUGAUCCAGGGAAAUGAAUCAGAAUCUCUGUCCACUGUUUCAGUUCAAUGCACUGUUCAGAAGGGAUGUUACCCAAUCCACAGUGUGCCAAAAGAAGGCUUUCGGAAAGUGACAGAGUCGCAACUCAGCUUCCAUAGACAUUUCUGUCAGAAGGCAAGUCCUUCAGACAAACUUGAAAGAAGGCAAAAAUCGCUUGAUAUUCCAACACCCCCGGAAUCUGAUUAUCAUUAUGAUGAGGACAUGUCUUUCUUUCAUAUAAAUGGUUACAAUGUGUAUCCAUGGUCCAUUUCGGGACUGGGGACAUCGGUGAUUGUGAACAGAGACAACAUGACCGUGGCAUUUGAUAUAGGCUAUGCAAGCAGGGAGGCCUUCUGCUCCCAGUAUGUCUUCAUCAGCCAUGGACAUACAGACCACACCAUGGGACUAACCAGCCAUGCUUCAAAACGUGAGAUGAACGGCAUGGUUCCUGCGACAUAUUAUGUGCCAGAUCAUCUAAUGCAACCACUCACCACCAUAGUGAAACAGUUCUCAUUGAUGGAGGGAGGAGCAUCAUUGAGGAGUAUCGAUAUUCGGUCGUGUAGUCCUGGUCAAACUAUCAAGCUACCAUGGGAUCGAUUUGCAAUCCCAUUCCCCACGUAUCACCGCGUCCCCAGUCAAGGCUACAUCGUCUACCAUGAGAAGAAGCAGCUGAAACAUGAAUAUGAGGAUAUGAUGAGUUACGAGCGAGUCCUGAUGAAAAAGAAGGGAGUAGAAUUGUAUGACACCCAUGUUGAGCCAGAAAUUGCGUAUACAGGGGACACAACUUUCGAUGUGUUCUUGAACCCGCCUACCCCCGAUCUCCUCAAUGUCAAACUCCUGAUCACGGAAUGUACUUUCGUGGAUGAAGACGCAGACAGACGUGGACGAUCAAGCAUUGCAAAAGCUGAAUCAGUGGGACAUAUACACCUGAAGCAAUUCUGUGAACAUGCGCAUUUGUUUGAUAAUGUCGAGGGCAUCCUCUUGAUUCACUUCUCUGAUAAGUAUACGGUACAAUACAUCAGGGACAGGGUGUUUGAACUGGUACCAGAGUCUCUUAGGAAUAAGAUCUACUUAGGUCUGACAGCUCAGGAGCUUUACCUAGGAUUAGGUGUCCAGGAGGACAGUUAAACAGAGGAUAUUGGCAAGGACAUAAUCCUACUGCAGGGUCUUCGGUGUAUUCUACAAUCUGGCAUCAGUUAGCUAUGCAUUCUCCUUCAGGGCUGAAUGAAAAGGUUAGGUUGGUGUUUGUGCCCUGCUAUCGGCCCUUUUGGUUGAUUUAGGCUUUUUACUGCGAAAGCAUUGUUUUGGUGACUGUCUCCGUGUAUGAUAGGAAUUAGAUAAGGGCAUCCAAGCAACCCGUGAUGUUUUCUUACUGGAAGUCUUCCAUAACAAUUGUUUCUUUUAGAAAAGUAUUUUUGGGAAUUUUUAAAAAUGGUAGCUAUAUACUUGUGUACAUGUAUGUGUGAGAUAACUGGUAGUUUGGAAAAUAUUGAAGAAUUUUUCCUUCUUUUCAAUACUGACAUCAACAGUAUGAUUGGCUUUGUUAAAUGCAUACAAUAAAAUGUUGAA